AUGAACGUUUCAAAACGAAUCGUUAGCAGGAUCAGGGAGGAGAAAGUGAGGAAAACAGCUGAGUUAGCGACGAAAGCACAAGAACAAUAUAAUGACUCAGAUGUGAUGAAAUGCGCUCCAAUGAGGACAACGCUCCGUGUGUGUGACGAAGCCUCUCUAUGUCUACAACAAAUCGCGAUCCAUUGGCUCUCUCUGCUCACUUCCAGUGUACUUUUCGGAGCCCUGCUUGGAACUUUUAACUCAUCUCUCGAACAAACGAACAUAAAACGACAACAAUUUGUUGUGUCACGUAAAGGUUUGAGAGACAGACUAGCGUUGGGUCCUGAGAAGUCAAUGAUCUCCCCGAUCAAUUCUCGAUAA